GACAAUGACAUUCACAGUUUGGCUGGAGGCUUGUAUCAGCAGCAGUCAUGCCUUGAACCGCCAAAUGGACACAGUAGCCUGGAGCUGGUACGUUCACCGUUUGCUGGAGCUCGAUUCAUAUUCUCUCUCAUUUGCGACUUUCAGGUUGAAUGCAAUCUUGAAGAGGAGCACAUUGAGGCAUUAGACCUUACAGUGCAAAAGGUGUGCCAGAAAGAAGAAUCAGCCACACCAUGCUUCAUAACACCAGCAGGAAAUUUGCCAUGCCUAUCGCACCGUGCUGCAGGACCAGACUCUAGGGUUUGCUUUUUUGGGGGAUUCGACACAGUUUCCUUAACACCCGGUGCAGUGAGAGAUCUCUGUGGCGUUUCAGACAAUGUUUUCUCGCUCCUGUUAAGUCUCCUGCCUCACACGAGAGAUAAGGGUACUGAUGUCAGCCUUCCGAACAAACUUUUAAUAUUUCUAUUCAAAAUGAAGCACGGAGUGCCUUUUAGUGCAAUUGCAGUAACUUUUGGCAUUCAUGAAACAACAGCAGCACGAACGUUUCAUGCAGUUCUGGGCACGCUUGCGGGUGCUACAAGAAAGUGGAUAUAUAAGCCACAUAUGCAAGUGAUACGGGAUACACGUCCAGAGUGUUUUAAGGUCAACUAUCCUGACUGCACACUCAUUGUCGAUUGCACUGAAGUGCGCACAGAAACACCAUCAGAGGUGAGGCAACAACAUGUCCUCUACUCCACGUACAAAAGUGGCUUUACAUUGAAAUUUUUAGUUGCGAUUGCCCCCUCUGGCCUCAUUGUAUUCAAGUCCAAAUCCUAUGGUGGGCGUUGCUCAGACACACAAAUCGUGCUGGAAUCAGGAUUCCUUGAAAUAAUUGGUCAGCAUGAUGUUAUUCUUGCUGAUAAGGGUUUUCCUGGAAUACUAGCAGGUGUAGCAGGUAAAAGUGCCGUACUGAUUAUGCCACCAUUCUCAACUGGCAACCAGCCUUUCUCACCUGCAGAACUGCAAGAAACAUACAAUGUUGCUCAAGUGCGCGUGCAUGUAGAGAGAGUGAUACAGCGCAUAAAAACUCAUGGAAUUUUGGAGCACCGUAUUCCUGUCAGUUUGAUUCCUGCCAUGAGUGAAAUUUUUCAUAUGUGCUGCAUUUUGGCAAAUCUGCAAAGCCCAAUAAUUCAAAGCAACACAAAGUAAGG